AUGUGCGAAAACGAAGAUGAUAUAAUCACUGUGGGAAAGUACGUGAUUAUAAAAAAGCAGAACUUUAAAAAGAUUUAUAAGGUAGCUACGAAUGGUAUCUUGACCUUAGGAAGAGACACAGUGCAAAUGCACGAGAUUAUUGGCAAAACUUUCUGGACUACCUUCGAGAUGAUCCCAGUGAAAAAAGGGAAACGGACGUAUUUCUUAAAAGAAGUAUUAGAAACCGAGUCGUUGAACGAUUUAUUAAGUGAAUUACCAAGUGGUAAUGACAAUCGUACUAUUGUAGACGAUGGCACAUCACAGAAGCUUUCUAAGGAGGAAAUACUUCGCCUUCAAGAAUCUGGCAAAACUGGUAAAGAAAUAGUGGGUAGUCUAAUUGAGAACAAUAAGUCUUUCCUGGAUAGAACCGAAUAUUCGCAGGAGAAAUAUUUGAAAAAAAAGGAGCAGAAGUAUCUCAGAUAUAUAACAAUAUGGAAACCUAAUAUAAGCUUAUUGCACGAUGUGUACUUUCAGUUGGAUCACAACAAAAUUGGAAACUUAAGAAUGGACUCUUUGUCACAGUUGUUGUCAUACAGUGACGUUCAGUCAGAUGGUUUGUACAUAUUGUAUGACAGUGGUUCACAUGGUAUGCCUGCAGCUGCAAUGUUGAACAGAAUUGGUGCAAAUACAGAAGGACAUUUGAUUAAUUUACAUCCUGGGAAUGUUCCUCAGCUUGCACUUGUCAAUGCCAUGAAUUUCCCUAGGGAACAAUUAGACAGAUUAAUUAAUGUUAACAUUUACAGUUUUUUGAGAUUAUAUUAUCAAGGUGAGAGUGCUGUGUUAGAUAAAAUCUCCAAGAAAGUUCAUAACAAUUGUAUAAAUAAGAUAAAAGAAAAUGAAAGCAAAAAUGAUGAUGAGAGCCUAGUAAAUAAUGAAAUCUCACAAAUUGAAGAGACAGAUAUGAAAGAGGGAAACUUAAACAACAUCAAUGAGUCAAAUGAUAAGGUUGAACAUAGCACUAAUGGUAGUUUGAAACGUAAACGAGAUGAAAGUGAUACACAUGAAGCUGUAAAAGUCACUGUUGUAAAGAAACCAAAGUGGUUAAUGGAGACACAGUAUGCAGUGGAACUUGUUAAAGGUUCUAAAGCCAGAGGAUUGGUGAUUGUGGCUAAAGAGCACCCUUUGAAUAUCGUCACAGCUCUUCUACCAUUUCUGGGAUUCUCUAGACCGUUUGCAAUAUAUCACGCACAUCGAGAGCCAUUACAAGAAACUUACAUGAUGUUAAAACAAAAACAGAAUGUUAUUAAUCUAAGACUUCUCUCUAACUUCUUGCGUUCGUAUCAGGUAUUGCCAGAUAGAACGCACCCUGAUAUUUUAACCAGUGACACUGGGGGUUAUUUAUUAAGUGGAUACUUAGUUCAAUAAUAAAUUACAUUUUUAACAAAAUAUUUAUUUAUCCGAAUAAAUUUAUAAGUUUAAGUAAUAUUGUAAGUUGUAUCUUAGAUUAUAAGUAACUUGUGCAAACAGCAAUAUACUUUUUAUAAGUGCUUUAUAUUUACAUUGGACAAAAUUUUUGUGAACAAUAAAGAAAUGCUAUUUUAUA